AUGCCUGAAGACGGAAGAAGCGAAGCAGGGACGCCCCCACGAGCACCCCAGUUCCUUGAAGCGAGUGUACGUACCGGAAUUGAUAAACAGGAUCCUGUUCGCCGGGUUGGCGGAUUCUGCUACAAUCCGAGGGGAUUGUUAGCCUUGGCGACGAAACGGCAUGAUCGAGUGGCCGGACGGCCCCACAGUGAAGAAGUGUUACUGACCGCAUGUGAAGCCCAGUGUCCGUUUGGCUAA